UUUGUAAAUAUUAAAAACAGUGAAUUAUUUUAAUAAACAUAAGAUAAAAUAUAAAAAGGUUAUUCCUUUGUAAUUUGUAAUCUGGUUUAAGACACUUUAACAAUCCAUUAUAGUAUUUGUGACUCUUCAUAAGCGUGAUGUAAGAAGUCAAGUUUUUCAUGAUUUUCAGUCUUAUUAGUCAGUAUUUAACAUUUAUGAGUAUGUUGAAAUUCGGAGCCUUAGUGUCGUGGAGGUUAGGAUCCCGUUCAGCUAUUCGAAACUUAUCAGGCCCCGGCGCUACUGUAAUUAAGUCUGAUAAAUCUGAUCAUAUCAAGGAUGUUAAUGGAAAAGUUGAUGAAUUUGAAUUGUCAGAUGAGAAAGCUAGAACAGGCCUCGUAGCAGCUGCAUUUGCUACAUUAAACGCACCAGAAAGUGAAUUAAAAAAGCCAAGUGUAAAGUCUGUUAAGCUUUCUCGAACUCAACAAUUAGACACUCUAAUAAUAAAAGCCACAGACAUAAAUAGCCUUCUGUCAGUGGCUGAGAACCCAAUUGUGUCAAGAAAACAUGCUUUAAAGAUGGUUUCAGUUCUAUCGGAAUGGUCAAGUUCUAAUCGGGUGAAAUUAUCUGAUUUUGAGAAAGACCCACGAUUUUUAAAGUUAUGUAGAAUUCUGGCAAGAACUCCGGCCAGCCAUGCGAUGACUUCACUGACCAUGGCGGAAGAUCUGAGCACCGUGUUAGGUAUAACUGGAGACGACGAAGCGGCCAGACUUAUUGGUAAUUUGUCACUGUCACAAAUGAUUAAGGUGAUGAAAGCCCUUCAGCAAAAAAGUCGUCGAAGUACUCCAUUACUGCGCGCUCUGUCCUACAAUAUCACCAAACAGCCAGAUAACAUCGAUCUGAAGAAGUCGGCAGAUUUACUGUUCUCGAUGGCAUCCUUAAAUUUCCCUGACCCGGUAUUGUUGGACAGGAUUUGCAGCGAAGUCAUAAAGAAUCUUCCGUCAAACACGGAGAAGUCGGCCGUGGUGCAUUCGAUAUUGGUGUCGCUGGGGCUCCUCAAGUACAGGCACGAGGAAGCCCUGACGGCCCUCGUGGGUUGGAUGCAGACCAAUAGGGCCGUCUGCCGACCGAGCGACGUCGCAUCGGCCGUGGUCACUCUGGCCAACGUCAACUUCGUCCCGCCGAAGGCCGAGAGCUUUCUAGAGGCCGCGCUCCUCCUCAAGGAAGACGAAAUGACGAAGGCUCUGUCGUGGCUGGAUCUCGUCUUCUCUCUCCUCGUGCUCGAGAAGGCCGAGAUGCAUCAUCUCGCUUCCACGUUGAAGCCGGAGUUCAUUGACAAGCUGUUGUCUCUCGGAGAAAUUUCGAUUCCUUCCCGCCGCAAACUGAUGGCGAUAGACGCGUACGUGGCCGCGAAGGAUCCCAACUCGGCCCGGCUGCCCGAAGACAUAUCGGUGGGCGUGGCCAUCGUGCACACGAAGGAGAAGGCGCUCUUCGUGCAGAGCGUCAUGGACACGUUCAAGAGUCUGGUCUCGGCGGACACCUUUCUGCAGAGGGACUGCAACUCCGGCAUGGGGUUCCUGUACGACGCAGAAUUCGCAGUAGACUCGAAGUGUCAUCCCGUCCCUUUACAAAAGGCCGUAAACAAUAGCGACGUUCACCGGAUAGCGGUUCUGGCGCUGGACUACCACGACAUGACGCGAAGGGUUCCGGUGGAAAUGGGCACCUUCAGGCUUUACACCCGCCUGCUGGAGCUCAGGGGCUUCAAAGUGCUCAAAGUCCCUUACACGGAAUACAACCCGAAGGACAAGUUGGUGUCGCGAGUGCAAUACCUUGAGAAACGGUUGAAGGAGCUCAUCGCUUUAUAGAGCCGGUGCAGACUCGGUUCAUUUGUGUGGAUGUGAUGUUGUGAAGGCGAGAAAUACCAAACGAUGGACGGUGACGUACUCCAGAGACCAGAGUUCAGCUGUGUGACCGUCUCUCUGCAUGAUGCAGGCUAAUUUAUUUACUAAAUAUAAAACCCUAUGAUUCCUCUUCAUUUUGGAAAGAGAUUCAAGGCUAUCUAUAUAUUUCAGGAAUUCCAUUCCAGAAAAAUAAUUGUUGUCAUCGAUUUCACCUUAAUCUUUCUUGUGUAAAUAACUUUGGAUCCAUUUAAAACAAUACUGAUGUAUUUUCUAAGGUUCUCAAUCGACCGACACGACUCAAACGCCGUCGAAGCAUCAUUUUGUCUUUUUAUCAUUAAUUUUGUUGAUUAGCUACGUGUGAUAAUUGUACAGUGUAUGAAAGGACAGACGUACGAAGUAUUUGUAUUUAUUUGUAAAUAACUUGUACGGUUACGUUAAUAAAUAGAUUUUAACAAAA